AUGGAAACAGCAUCAAAAAAAAAAAAAAAAAGAAAAUGUGCGGCGGUCGCUACGGUGCUGACAAGAUGGCGGCUGGCGGGGCCUGAGUGCCGGCUUCUGCCCUGCACGCUACACAGGUGGAGCUCCUUCUCCUCCACCUACCUUCCUGAAACUUCCAUGGGAAUACUUAUGUGAAGGCAUUGUUCAGAAGGAAGAUACUUGGGUGUAAUGAACAUUUUAGUGGAUAAGCCAAAUGACCAGCCUUCACGGUGGUCUACAGAGAGCAGCUACCCUCCCCAGUACUUGAUUCUGAAGCUUGAAAGGCCUGCUAUGGUCCAGAAUAUCACAUUUGGAAAAUACGAGAAAACUCACGUCUGCAGUUUGAAGAAAUUUAAAGUCUUUGGUGGAAUGAAUGAAGAAAACAUGACAAAGCUAUUGUCCAGUGGCUUAAAGAAUGAUUAUAACAAAGAAACAUUUACCUUGAAGCAUAAAAUUGAUGAACAGACGUUUCCUUGUCGAUUCAUUAAAAUAGUUCCACUCUUAUCAUGGGGCCCCAGCUUUAACUUUAGCAUCUGGUAUGCUGAAUUUAGUGGCAUUGAUGAUCCUGAUGUAGUACAACCCUGUCUCAACUGGUACAGUAAGUAGUACCGUGAACAGGAAGCUAUUCGCCUUUGCCUAAAACACUUCAGACAACAUAACUAUACAGAGGCCUUUGAAUCACUGCAAAAGAAAACCAAGAUUGCCCUGGAACAUCCCAUGUUAACAGAUCUGCACGAUAAAUUGGUACUGAAGGGUGAUUUUGAUGCUUGUGAAGAAUUGAUUGAAAAAGCUGUAAAUGAUGGCUUGUUCAAUCAGUAUAUCAGUCAACAGGAAUAUAAGCCACGAUGGAGUCAAAUCAUUCCCAAAAGUACCAAAGGUGAUGGAGAAUAUAACCGACCAGGAAUGAGAGGAGGCCGUCAGAUGGCUAUUGAUGUUCAAACAGAGACUGUUUAUUUGUUUGGUGGCUGGGAUGGAACACAAGAUCUUGCCGACUUCUGGGCAUACAGUGUGAAAGAGAACCAAUGGACAUGUAUCUCUAGAGACACUGAGAAAGAGAAUGGUCCUAGUGCUAGAUCGUGUCAUAAAAUGUGCAUUGACAUUCAACGAAGGCAAGUCCACACACCAGGGCGUUAUUCGGAUUCCUCUGUGAAGAACAGCAAAUCUCUGAAAAGUGAUUUCUAUCGUUAUGACAUUGACACAAACACAUGGAUGUUACUCAGGGAGGAUACUGCUGAUGGAGGACCGAAACUGGUGUUUGAUCAUCAGUUCCAAUGACAGGAUUCACACAGAGAGCAACCAUUGAUCCAGAACUGGAUGAAAUACAUGUCUUAUCUGGACUCAGCAAAGACAAGGAAAAGAGGGAAGAGAAUGUCAGAAAUUCAUUCUGGAUUUAUGACAUUGUAAGGAA